AUGGCGCCGAAAAGAAAGUCGGAUGGAUAUAGGGACCGAGAGAGGCCAGGAAAAAAGGUCAAGCAAGAUGUGGCCAAGCAGGAAAAGACAAAGCUCAUCUUCGAACCGCGACCAGAAUGGCACACAGCAGAAGUUCCUACGCUGGCAGCCAACGAGAUAAAAGUCCUGCCACCACAGCAUGUUGUCGACGAUCUACAUGAGUAUGCGACCAAGUUGCUACGAGAGGAGAAUGUUGCCUACACAGCCUCUCACAUGGCAGGGUCUUCCUCACACAAAUUCAUGUCGACGAUCAUGGCUUCUGGUACGCUCGAGGACAAGAUCUCUGCUUUGACGUUGAUGGUACAAGAGUCGCCGAUGCAUACUAUGCAAGCAUUUGACAAUCUUGUGGCACUGGCGAAGAAGAGGAGCAGAAAUCAGGCACUCAUGGCUGUAGCUGCGCUCAAGGAUUUGCUGGGCCAGGGCGUAGUUCUGCCAGCUGACCGAAAGCUGCGAGCGUUUGGCAAGCAGCCUGGUAUGCUGAGUACUCUACAAGGAAAGGGCGCGAAGUGGAUUGCUGGUGAAGCUUUGCCAGGUGGUAUGGACAAGAGACAUCUCAUGCUUUGGGCAUACGAAGACUGGUUGAAGCGAAAGUUCUUCGAGCUGCUGCAGAUCUUGGAGACAUGGUGUAAUGACGAGGUAGAGUAUGCGCGAAGUCGAGCGCUGACAUAUGUCUUUGAAUUGUUGAAGGACAAGCCGGAGCAGGAAGAGAAUUUAUUGCGGCUGCUGGUGAAUAAGCUAGGAGAUACCGAGAAGAAGAUCGCAUCGCGAGCGUCGUACUUACUUUUGCAGCUGGAGAAUACACAUCCAGCGAUGAGGACUGUGAUCACGAGCGGCAUCGAAGCGGACAGCCUCUUCCGACCUGGGCAGAGCUUGCAUGCCAAGUACUAUGCGGUCAUCACUCUGAACCAGACGAUCUUGAGCCAGAAAGAAGAGGCAGUAGCGAACAAAUUACUCGAGAUCUACUUCAGCCUGUUUGUUCAGCUACUUAAGCCGGCCGAGGAACAGGCGAGACCUGCGAACAUCACUGCGAAAGGCACGCCUCAGGGCGGAGGUGGUAAGGCAGGCAAGAUGGCGGCGAAGAAGCGCAAGGCCGAGGAGCGCAACGAAGAAGCUGAAAUGCAGACACGUGACAAGCUGAUGUCUCAAGUCCUGGCAGGCGUCAACCGUGCCUUCCCAUUCGCAGACACUAAUACUCCCGGCUUCGAAAAGCAGAUGGACACCAUCUUCCGUGUCGCGCACUCGUCAAACUUCAACACCGCCAUCCAGGCCCUGAUGCUCAUCCAACAGAUAUCAUCAACAAAGCACUACAGCGCGGACCGCUUCUAUCGCACUUUGUACGAGUCACUGCUUGAUCCACGACUUUACGGCAGCAGUAAGCAGGUUAUGUACCUCAAUCUGUUAUACAAGACUCUAAAGGCGGACCUCAAUGCCAAACGCGUACAAGCUUUUGUGAAGAGGCUUUUGCAGGUCAUCGGAAUGCACGAACCCGCUUUUGCUUGUGGCGUGCUUUAUCUGAUCAGUGAGCUCGAGACCACAUUUCCGAGCAUACGGAACAUGAUCACGGAGCCCGAGGUAGGUGAUGAGGACGAAGAGGAACACUUCGUCGACGUGCCAGAGGAUGGCGCAGAGAACGGCAGUGUGACGGAACCUGUGACGAAGUCAACAUCGAAUGGCACCCACAGCAACGUCUACGACCCACGAAAACGCGACCCCGAGCAUGCACACGCGGACCGAAGCUGUCUUUGGGAACUACUCCCAACACUGCAACACUUCCACCCCUCAGUCUCUCUCUUUGCCUCCUCGAUCCUCGUGGCGAAAGAGAUGCCUCCAAAACCCGACCCACAACAACACACACUCAUGCACUUCCUUGAUCGUUUCGUGUACCGCAACGCAAAGACCAAGGCUGCUGUUUCCAGAGGUGCAAGCAUUAUGCAACCCAUGGCCGGCUCAUCCGCGGCAGACUUGCUCGUCAAACCUGGUGAAGGCGCGGCCAGGGCUGGUGCGCCGGUCAAUAGUGAAGCGUUUUGGGCGAAGAGGGUGGAGGAUGUGGCUGCGGAUGAAGUUUUCUUCCAUAGCUACUUCAACCAGGCUGGUGGAAAGAAGAAAGGUGGGGCUGGCAAGAAGGAGAAGAGGAGGAAGGAGAGGGAUGAGGAAGAUAGUGAGGCUGCCGAGGACGAUGCGGAGGAUGAGAUCUGGCAGGCUAUCGCUCAGUCGAGGCCGGAUGUCGAGGGUAUUGGCUCUGAUGACGAUGAUCUCAGCUUUGGUGACCUGGAAGAUGGUCGUGAGGAUGGCAGUGAGCCUGGUCUUGAUCUUGGUGGUGGCGACGAGGAUGAAGACGGAGCCGAGGGUGGAGCGGCCGUCAAGCCUACAGCAGAUGACUUUGCGGAAAUGGACGGCUUUCCUGAGCUGGAGAGUGAUGAUGAUGCCUUACUCGGAAGCGACGAGGAGGCGGCGAUGGAUCUUGACGAUGAGGAGGAGGAGGAGGAGGACAAGGAGGAAGAGGAGGAGAUGUCGAGAAACAAGAAGCAGAGGAAGCAGAAGAAGAAGCUGAAAGCUCUGCCUACUUUUGCUUCCGCGGAAGAUUAUGCGAGGUUGUUGGCUGAUGAGGUGGAGGAUUAUUAG